CGGCGGCCCGCGGCUGGCUCCGGCGGCGCGGGCCGGGUUUUUGUUUGGCUGCGCCAAAAGCCAGGCAGCCCGAGCGAACAACUCCAGUGACAGCAACAACCCACCUUCCCUGUAGCCCAGCGAGACUUUGGCUGCUGCGUGCGUCCUAUUGUUUAGACACUUGCCAGGGGCUCCGGAAUCGGCAGAGCCACCGAGUACCCGCUCUGCGUCCCGCCCUCCCUCUCCUCCGCUUCCCUCCGGGGAGCGAGGGGCGCGGAAAGCAGCGGGCGAGGGAAAGGGGCUGCGAGGAGACGGACCGCCCGGGACUGCGGCCACCGAGUCAGGUGCAGCCCCGGGAGCCAGGCGGCGUCGCGACGUCGGCGGGCGGACUCCCACUGUGGUCGUGGGGGACGGGAGUCAAAGCCGGGGAAAAGUUCCUGCACUUGGAGGAGGAGGACCCACUUGUGGGAGGCUGCCGAGGGGCGGCGGGGAGGCUGUGUCCUCCGGGAGCCGGCUCUUGUUUCUUCCACCUUUGCCAUCAGGUGUCUGCCGCGUAUCCGGGAGACCAGAGGGGCUGACACGCGCGCGCACACACGACUGCCAUUCAGCUGGCGCCUGGGCUCUGCUCAGAGUAGCGGAGCCCGCCCGCCUGUCACCUCGCCAUUCUCCAGGACACCCCAGCCGGACGCGGGGCACGGACACCUCCACUUUGGCCUUUGCCUGUCCACUCUUUCUGGCCUGCAUGCCAGUCGUGUCUCAGCCAGUCCCCGUCCCCAAUCGGUCUUCACAGGAGCUCUCGUCCUCAACUUGGCCUCUUGGAUUUCCUCUGCUGGGGUGCUGACUCGUGGAUAUUUGUGUCUGGCUGCGGCGGUCCGGUUGCCCUUUUGUCUUUUCUGCGUGACCUCAGGGCAGGUCCUGGUGCAGAGCGUCGCCAAGGACGCCAAACGGGAGGCGAGAUUGGGAGACGUCCUUCAGCGAAGUGCAUGUGUGUUUGCGGACCAUCCUCGGCUGUCGGGAGACCGCGAAGACCGGUCCAGGCUGCGACUGAGCCUCUGGCGGGGGAGAGGCCGCGUGAGUGAGCAGAGCCCAUCACCCGGCAGCGCCGCCCCGCGCCCUCCGGACUGCGCGUCCGACCCGUGCGCCCCCGCGCGCCAUGCCCAGACACCCGGCACGGUCUGCCGUGGGCCCGCGGGGUUCCUGCGCCUUUUAGCUUCAGGAAGCCCACGGCGAUCGGGUCACCAUCCCUGUUGAGCUCGCCUCUGCUGCCUCGUACCCUCGCCACUGGAAUCAGAUUUGCAGUAGGGCGCGUGGGAUCAGAGCACCUCCCCACCCCCCGCACAGCCGGCCCCUGCAUCUUUGAGGUCGUUGGGAGUCCCAGCUCUUUUACUGCCAAGUUGAUCCCUUCGAGACAGAAGACGCCGGUCUCCGGACUCCUGAGCCUUGGCCAGGGCGAUUGAUCUUCAGGACCUAAAGUUGCCCGAGGAGCUUUUGCCUUGCUCGAGGAGGGUGGAGAGGGAGGUGGGAGGCUUGUGCCUGUGUGGGCUGUACUGCCUUGCUUGAAUAUUAUUACUGCUCCAUACAUAUUAUUGUGUGCACGUUUCUCCUGGCACUCCCCGCGCCGGGUGCUGGGCCUCAGACCCUGUACGGUCUUCUCGGAGCAACGAGCUAAAGAAAACCCCCAGCGCCCACGAGGGAGGAGGCGGCAGGGGAAGAUGCGCGGCGCUGGCUGGCAGAGGCUGUGCCUGUCGCUGGGGUUAGUGCUGGCGAUCCUGAACGCGGUGGCGCCGCAGGCGUGCCCGGCGCAGUGCUCCUGCUCGGGCAGCACAGUGGACUGUCACGGGCUGGCGUUGCGCAGCGUGCCCAGGAACAUCCCCCGCAACACCGAGAGACUGGAUUUAAAUGGAAAUAACAUCACACGGAUUACGAAGACAGAUUUUGCUGGUCUUAGACAUCUAAGAGUUCUUCAGCUUAUGGAGAAUAAGAUCAGCACCAUUGAAAGAGGAGCAUUCCAGGAUCUUAAAGAACUGGAGAGACUGCGUUUAAACAGAAACCACCUUCAGCUGUUUCCUGAGUUGCUGUUUCUUGGGACUUCGAAACUAUACAGGCUUGAUCUUAGUGAAAACCAAAUUCAGGCAAUUCCAAGGAAGGCAUUCCGCGGGGCAGUUGACAUUAAAAAUUUGCAACUGGAUUACAACCAGAUCAGCUGUAUCGAAGAUGGGGCAUUUAGGGCUCUCCGGGACCUGGAAGUCCUCACUCUCAACAAUAACAACAUUACUAGACUUUCUGUGGCAAGUUUCAACCAUAUGCCUAAACUUAGGACUUUUCGACUGCAUUCAAACAACCUCCACUGUGACUGCCACCUGGCCUGGCUCUCCGACUGGCUUCGCCAAAGGCCUCGGGUUGGCCUGUACACUCAGUGUAUGGGUCCAUCCCACCUGAGAGGCCAUAAUGUAGCUGAGGUUCAAAAACGAGAAUUUGUCUGCAGUGGUCACCAGUCUUUUAUGGCUCCUUCUUGCAGCGUUCUGCACUGCCCUGCCGCUUGCACCUGUAGCAACAAUAUCGUAGACUGCCGUGGGAAAGGUCUUACUGAGAUCCCCACAAAUCUGCCCGAGACCAUCACAGAAAUACGUUUGGAACAGAACUCAAUCAAAGUCAUUCCUCCUGGAGCUUUCUCACCAUAUAAAAAGCUUAGAAGAAUCGACCUGAGCAAUAAUCAAAUCUCUGAACUUGCACCAGAUGCUUUCCAAGGACUGCGCUCUCUGAAUUCACUUGUCCUCUAUGGAAAUAAAAUCACGGAACUCCCUAAAAGUUUAUUUGAAGGACUGUUUUCCUUACAGCUACUAUUAUUGAAUGCCAACAAGAUAAACUGCCUUCGGGUAGAUGCGUUUCAGGAUCUUCACAACUUGAACCUCCUCUCUUUAUAUGACAACAAGCUUCAGACCAUUGCCAAGGGGACCUUUUCGCCUCUUCGGGCCAUUCAAACUAUGCAUUUAGCCCAGAACCCCUUUAUCUGUGACUGCCAUCUCAAGUGGCUGGCGGAUUAUCUCCAUACCAACCCAAUUGAGACUAGUGGUGCCCGCUGCACCAGCCCCCGCCGUCUGGCAAACAAAAGAAUUGGACAAAUCAAAAGCAAGAAAUUUCGUUGUUCAGCUAAAGAACAGUAUUUCAUUCCAGGUACGGAAGACUAUCGGUCAAAAUUAAAUGGAGACUGCUUUGCAGAUUUGGCUUGCCCUGAAAAGUGCCGCUGUGAAGGGACUACAGUUGAUUGCUCCAAUCAAAAACUCAACAAAAUCCCAGACCACAUUCCUCAGUAUACUGCAGAACUACGUCUCAAUAAUAAUGAAUUUACAGUGUUGGAGGCCACAGGAAUCUUUAAGAAACUUCCCCAAUUGCGUAAAAUAAACUUUAGCAACAAUAAGAUCACAGAUAUUGAGGAGGGAGCAUUUGAAGGAGCCUCUGGUGUAAAUGAAAUACUUCUCACGAGUAAUCGUUUGGAAAAUGUUCGGCAUAAGAUGUUCAAGGGAUUGGAAAGCCUUAAAACUUUGAUGUUGAGAAGCAAUCGAAUAAGCUGUGUGGGGAACGACAGUUUCAUAGGACUCAGUUCUGUGCGUUUGCUUUCUUUAUAUGAUAAUCAAAUUACUACAGUUGCACCGGGGGCAUUUGAUACUCUCCAUUCCUUAUCUACUCUAAACCUUUUGGCCAAUCCUUUUAACUGUAACUGCUACCUGGCUUGGUUGGGAGAGUGGCUCAGGAAGAAAAGAAUCGUAACAGGAAAUCCUCGAUGUCAAAAACCAUACUUCCUCAAAGAAAUACCCAUUCAGGAUGUGGCCAUUCAGGACUUCACUUGUGAUGAUGGAAAUGAUGACAAUAGUUGCUCCCCACUAUCUCGCUGUCCUGCGGAGUGUACUUGUUUGGAUACCGUCGUCCGAUGCAGCAACAAGGGCUUGAAGAUCUUACCGAAAGGUAUUCCAAGAGAUGUCACAGAGUUGUAUCUGGAUGGAAACCAAUUUACACUGGUUCCCAGGGAGCUCUCUAACUACAAACAUUUGACGCUUAUAGACUUAAGUAACAACAGGAUAAGCACUCUUUCUAAUCAGAGCUUCAGCAACAUGACCCAGCUCCUCACUUUAAUUCUUAGUUACAACCGUCUGAGAUGUAUUCCUCCUCGAACCUUUGAUGGAUUGAAGUCUCUUCGAUUACUUUCUCUACAUGGAAAUGACAUUGCUGUCGUGCCUGAAGGUGCUUUCAAUGAUCUUUCUGCAUUAUCACACCUAGCAAUUGGAGCCAACCCUCUUUACUGUGAUUGUAACAUGCAGUGGUUGUCCGACUGGGUGAAGUCGGAAUAUAAAGAGCCUGGAAUUGCCCGCUGUGCUGGUCCUGGAGAAAUGGCAGAUAAACUAUUACUCACAACUCCCUCCAAAAAAUUCACAUGCCAAGGUCCUGUGGAUGUCAGUAUUCUAGCUAAAUGUAAUCCAUGCUUAUCAAAUCCAUGUAAAAAUGAUGGCACCUGUAACAGUGAUCCAGUUGACUUUUAUCGAUGUACCUGUCCAUAUGGUUUCAAGGGACAGGACUGCGAUGUCCCAAUUCAUGCGUGUAUCAGUAACCCAUGUAAACAUGGAGGAACAUGCCACUUAAAAGAAGGAGAAAAAGAUGGAUUCUGGUGUAUUUGUGCUGAUGGAUUUGAAGGAGAAAAUUGUGAAGUCAACGUUGAUGAUUGUGAAGAUAAUGACUGUGAAAAUAAUUCUACAUGUGUCGAUGGAAUUAAUAACUAUACAUGUCUUUGCCCACCUGAGUAUACAGGUGAGUUGUGUGAAGAGAAGUUGGACUUCUGUGCACAAGACCUGAACCCCUGCCAGCACGACUCCAAGUGCAUCCUGACACCCAAGGGAUACAAAUGUGACUGCACACCAGGAUAUAUAGGUGAGCACUGCGACAUUGAUUUUGACGACUGCCAAGACAAUAAGUGUAAAAACGGAGCCCACUGCACUGAUGCAGUGAAUGGCUACACGUGCAUCUGUCCUGAAAGUUAUAGUGGUUUGUUCUGUGAGUUUUCUCCGCCCAUGGUUCUCCCUCGAACUAGCCCUUGUGAUAAUUUUGAUUGUCAAAAUGGAGCUCAGUGCAUCAUCAGGAUAAAUGAACCAAUCUGUCAGUGCUUGCCUGGCUACCAGGGAGAGAAGUGUGAAAAAUUGGUCAGUGUGAAUUUCAUAAACAAAGAGUCUUAUCUUCGAAUUCCUUCAGCCAAGGUUCGGCCUCAGACAAACAUUACACUUCAGUUUGCCACAGACGAAGACAGUGGAAUCCUCCUGUAUAAGGGUGACAAAGACCAUAUUGCAGUAGAACUCUACCGAGGACGUGUUCGUGCCAGCUACGACACUGGUUCUCACCCAGCUUCUGCCAUUUACAGCGUGGAGACGAUCAAUGAUGGAAACUUCCACAUUGUAGAACUGCUCGCCCUGGAUCAGAGUCUCUCUUUGUCUGUGGAUGGAGGUAGCCCCAAGAUCAUCACCAACUUGUCAAAGCAAUCCACUCUGAAUUUUGACUCUCCACUCUAUGUAGGAGGCAUGCCGGGGAAGAACAACGUGGCAUCUCUGCGCCAAGCUCCCGGGCAGAACGGCACCAGCUUCCACGGCUGCAUCCGGAAUCUUUACAUCAAUAGUGAGCUGCAGGACUUCCGGAAGGUGCCCAUGCAAACAGGCAUUCUGCCCGGCUGUGAGCCAUGUCACAAGAAGGUGUGUGCCCAUGGCACGUGUCAGCCCAGCAGCCAGUCAGGCUUCACCUGUGAGUGCCAGGAAGGAUGGAUGGGGCCCCUCUGUGACCAACGGACCAAUGACCCCUGUCUCGGAAAUAAAUGUGUCCAUGGGACCUGCUUGCCCAUCAAUGCAUUCUCCUACAGCUGUAAGUGCCUGGAGGGCCAUGGAGGUGUCCUCUGUGAUGAAGAGGAGGAUCUGUUUAACCCCUGCCAGGCAAUCAAGUGUAAGCACGGGAAGUGCAGGCUCUCAGGACUUGGGCAGCCCUACUGUGAAUGUAGCAGUGGAUACACAGGGGACAGCUGCGAUAGAGAAAUCUCUUGUCGAGGGGAACGGAUAAGAGAUUAUUACCAAAAGCAGCAGGGCUAUGCCGCUUGCCAAACAACCAAGAAGGUCUCCCGACUGGAGUGCAAAGGUGGGUGUGCGGGAGGGCAGUGCUGUGGAACUCUGAGGAGCAAGCGGCGGAAAUACUCUUUUGAAUGCACUGAUGGGUCCUCCUUCGUGGACGAGGUUGAGAAGGUGGUGAAGUGCGGAUGUACGAGGUGUGCCUCCUAAAUGCUUUCAGCAGGUCUGUCUUUGGAAAAUGUUGUAUACUUCUUGGCCAUGUUGGACUAAUUGAUGCUUCAUAGUGGAAAUAUUUGAAAUAUAUUGUAAAAUAAAAUACAGAACAGACUUAUUUUUAUUAUGAUAAUAAAGACUUUUUUUUCUGCAUUUGGGGAAAAAAGAAAAAUAAAUGCUUGGACUGAAGUUUCCCCUACCUGAAGAAGAGUAUGCAGAAAGAUACACCUGGAGGCAUUAGAACCACGAUGGAAACCUUUGCAAUCCGGAUCCAUCUUUGUAACAUGGUAAAGACAAGCAGAAGCACAUACAAAAGGGACAGAGUGCACUGAUGUGAUGUUUCCCAGAGCAUAAACCUGUGUACCCUCCUUCAUAUCAGCGGCAUUCACUAGGACACACCAAGCACAUACUUGUGAAUGAGGACUUAAGGCAGGGGAAUGGAACUCCAGAAGUCAAAGGUAGAGUAAAUGGAUGAGAAUUAUUUGGGCAAAAUGUAAAGUAUCCUGAAGAUCUGGUUUCCAUUCAUGAGAGGAAAUGAAAGUGCUAAAAUAAAAUUUAUCUUCUUUUUCGAUGUCAGCAUGUCAGCAGAAGCAGCACACAAAAAUGUUUAUCUGCCAUUUUCCAGUAUUAGUUUUUUGUAAUAUAAAUGAUAAAGGAGAUGAUAAAGAACCAAUAGAUUAUUGAUAAAUAAAUUAGUAAUAAUAUGAAUUUUUUGUUUCUAUGAGUUCUAAACAGCCCUAUACAGUAUUCAGUUUCAAUGAGAAAUAUUUAUUGUAUCAAAGUACAUUGUACUUAACAUUUUAGGCCAUCCUUUUGCUGUUUCUUGAUGCUUUAAUAUAUAUUAAUUUAUAAUUAUCCUGAUAUUUUUGUACAUUUUUCAAACUUAAAAUCAGGAUUUUUUUUUUUUUUUUGGCAAUAGUACUAACAAAGGGUUUUAUCUUGGGAUAAAUAUGUGUUGGUCUGUUUGUUGACCUUGACAUCUGACCACUGGUGUCACUGACCUACUCACCUCAUUCAGGACACCUGUAGAGAGUAUGCAAUGUCCAAGAAAGGAAAACACAAAUCUGUGUAUGAGAUGGUCAUUGAUUGUACAGAGAGAAGAGGCCUCUCAGCAACAUGUCCUCACAGAAAAGAAAUGGUAUGUAGCAAUCGAUGCUAGAAAGUAGACCUUUUACAAAUUAAUAUCUCCUUGACCUGUUUUACCCUUUUAUUGGGGGGUGGAGAGAAAAAAAGACUGUCAUGUGAAGAACUGUGAUUUUUUCUCCAAACAAUAAAACUCCUUUAUUACCUUAAUGUUCCCAUGUUAACAUGUUUGCUGCUAAAUUACAGUGUAGAAUUUAUAAUGAUUUAUAGUGGACUGUACUCUUCCCUCUUUAAAUCCCAGGGUGCCCUGUAAAGACGCAGAUGUUUCUUUCCAAAAACUUUUUUUACAAAGAAAAUUAGAUGUACAUGUAUAAUUCAGUGUGCUUUGUCUUUCUCCAGACUAAUAUCAGUUACACUGCUGAUGUUUGUAAAUUAAACAGAUAUUUACUUCA